AUGGCGGAGAACGCGUGGGAGGACGCGGCGCGGCACUGCGACGCGCCGGCGAUUAUGGAGAGCCAUCAUGACGGCGGCCAGCGCUCGUGGUCGUCGGGAAGCAACGAUCGCAUCACGAUCACCGACGCCCUCACCUCGUCCGAGUUCUCGGCGGCGGGCUAUGUCGUGUACGUGAUCGUCUCGCCGAACGCCGAGGCGAAGCGGCGUUACUCGGAGUUUGAGGCGCUGCGCUCGGUGCUUGUGCAGCUGCACCCGACGCUCAUCAUUCCCCCGAUUCCGUCCAAGCACACGCUCAGCGACUACGCCUUGAAGCAAAACAAGGCCAAGGACGACCCGGUGAUUAUCGAGCGCAGGAAGCGCAUGCUCCAGCGCUUUUUGAACCGCUGCGAUGCACACCCGGUGCUGCGCCGCGACUCGGUCUUUACACGCUUCCUCGACUCGCGCAACUCGUGGCACGAAAUCAAGAGCGCGCCGCCAGUGUCGAACCUGCCCAAGUCGAACCUCGCGGCGCCGCCCGAGUACCCGGCAGACGCCAAUGCGCCGCUGAGCUACAAGGCGAUGCCGGUGCCGACCGUCGUGCGCAAGCUCCAUACGCCCAACACUCGCUUCCAGGACUCGGAGGCGUUCACGUCGCGCUUCGAGUCGAUGAUGGCGAACCACGUCGAGCUGGCCGAGCGCCGCCUCGUGCGCCGCUGGCACGACCUGAGCGCGGACUAUGCCGAGCUCGGCGCCUUGUUCAACGCACAGAGCCUGUCCGAGUCCCCGCACAUUGCGCCGGCCGUCGAGCGCGUCGGCCAGGCGGCCGACGCGACGUACAUGUCGUACAAUGACAUGCUCGGCUCGUGGGAGGCGCGCGUGUCGGAAGUCGUGCACGAAUAUACCCAGUACGCCAAGAUCCUGCAAGGGAUUCUGCGGUGGCGCCACCUCAAGCAUCAGCAGCUCGAGAUCGCACAGGACGACCUCACGAACAAGAAGCAGCAGCUCGCGGACCUCGAGCACAUCGAGGCAGAGUACGCACGCCUUAGCAGUGCGAUGGAGAUCGGAGGGCGGGGGCUGAGCACGCGCCCGCCGCCGGCGCCCAUGCAGCACUCGGUCUAUGGCCGCGCCGCCGAGGAGGAAGACGAGGAGCAGGACGAGGAGGCUGGCGUGGGUGCGGCGCCUGUGUCGUCUGCCCCGCCGCCGCCCGCCGCGGCGCUCCCUCCGCCGCGCACCGGCCGCCGUGGCAUGCUGAGCUCGCUGUCGCAGACGCUGCAGAACGUCAUGGACAUGGACCCUGACAAGACGCGCCAAAGCACAAUCUCGCGCCUGCGUGAGGAAGUCAUGCUGCUCGGCGAAGGCGUCCAGCUGGGCGAGAAGGACGUCAAAUACGUCACAGACACGAUCCAAGCGUCUCUGGACCGGUUCCAGCGUCUCAAGGUCGCGGACCUGCGCCAGAUGGUGCUGGACUGUGCACGUCUCCACCGCGAUCUUUGCUACAAUAACCUCCAAGCGUGGCAGCGCGCACGGACCGAGAUUGAGGCGAUCCCCGACGAGGCCUGGGAAGGCAUGCCCGAUGCGACGCUCGCGACGAAACCACGUGGCCAAGAUUGGCCUGCGGAUGACUAA